CCUAGGACUCCAAUAUCUCAUGGACCUUGAUGCUCAAUAGUUGUAAUGCCUUCUCCGGCAUCCUCCCGUCGUCGUCGUAAUCCUUGGCUUUAGCAUCGCCUUGUUUCUCCUCCGUCGGUGUUGGGAUCUCCUUCUUCGACCUUCGGCUCCGCUCUGCUGAGAAGAAACAGGAAGUAGAUAGUGAAUAUUGAUAUAAGGGCAAAUGGGUUCAGAAGCAUCCUUCCAAACAGCUAAGAUUUAUCGCCACCUUCUGAAGGCUGUACAGAAACACAUUGGCAAGGAAGAUAGCAAGACGCAUUUCCGGGAAUUCAUAACAUCUGAGUUUCGCAGAAACAGCUGUCUUUCUGAUGGUGCGGCUGUCCAACAGAAAAUCAAGCUUGCUCGGGACUAUACUUUCCUGCUUAAUAGUGUGCACCAUCACAAGGAUCUCUUGUUCUCUUACAAUAUUGCUGUGGACAGGAAUGAUGAAAUGAGAAGGGUCAUUGGAAAAUCUGCUGCUAGCGUGGGUCUUCGUCUUCCUGAGGCUUAUCAGCCAUAAUGAUUUGCGUGAAUGGACAACAUAUGCCUUUUGCUCUACUGGAGACCUAGCAGGCAAGAGUGUUGUUCAAUCAUCUCUCUCUCUCUCUCUCUCUCUUCCCUGUCACCACUUUCAUUUAUACUCGUUAUGAUUUUAUAUGAACAAUAAAAUAAAUGUAACAUUAAUUGGACAGGGUGAUGAGGAAUGAACUCCUUGCGUCAAUUGUGAUUUAUCUUGAAUCAUUUCUAGUUGUAUUUUGGUUCAAAGUAAAUGGAGUAUGAGAACGGUUAAUCGGUUAUUGAGGAAUGGGUUUUCUAUUUC